AGAGGUGAGCACAUCUUCUCUCAAGACGUAGAAAUUGUCUUUUCAUCAUGGUGAUAGAGCGUGGCAUAGAGAACUCAGUUGAUCCGGCAGGGAAGUCACACAGGUGCGGCCUGCUCUGCCUCGGCCCUCUGACCUUCCACUCUCGGGCUGUCGGAAAAGAUGUCCGUCUGAGCCAUGAGUGUCGACUCGCAGAGAGGACAGUGGGCACGUUCAAGAACGGUCUGGUGUUCAGCAACCGUCCAGUGAAGGUCCAGGAAAGAAUGCAACUGCGGGUGGAGAAAGACAGGUUUAACUGGACGGGGGCUCUGCGUGUGGGCUUCACCACUGUGCCGCCCUCAGACAGAGUUCUGCCUCUGCCCUGCUUUUCCAUCCCUAACCUCACCAGGAGCCCCGGGCACUGGGCUGCUCCUGUGCAUGAAGCUUUCUGCCAGGCAGGGUCAGUGCUGGAGUUCUGGGUUUCACAUGGUGGCACCAUGUACAUCAAAAGCAACAACAGCAAGCCACACAGGCUCCUAAGAGGAGUGGACCUCAGUCAGCCGCUGUGGGCCAUGAUAGACAUCUAUGGACAGACAUGCUCCAUUAACCUCCUGGGCUCAAAGAAAAAGAAGCUGCUUUUCACCAGGCAGUCCUGUCCUGCCCCUGAACUCCUCAGUUCACCUAAUACUAGCAACCCCUGUAGUUUUAUUCCUGAUGACUCAACCACAUAUGAAAUCCCAGCAAAUGACGACUGUGUGGUGUGCAUGGGAAACGGGGCAAAAGUCACUCUGCCUUGUGGCCACCGAUGUUUGUGCGGCCCCUGCUACUCCAGAAUCUUUCGGCAGUUUGGUUUCUGCCCACUGUGUCGAUGUGAGAUCAAAGAUCCAUGAGUGGAGGGGAGGUGUGUCUCUGCCUCCAAGACAGCACGCAGGAAUCACCAAAUAUAAGUGACUGAGUGAGUGUGACAAAGAAAACAUUUUCACUCAAGUCUGCUCCAAGCGUCCUGGCACAGUAGCCCAGUGGAUGGAGAGGUUUGCUGUGUACAGCCACAGUGUCC